ACUUUCUAAUUGCAGAGACGAUAUGACCUGCGUGAAAGAAGAGAUCUUUGGACCAGUUAUGUCCAUUUUACCAUUUGACACUGAAGCUGAGGUUCUGGAAAGAGCCAAUGAUACCACUUUUGGCUUAGCGGCUGGUGUCUUUACCAGGGACAUCCAGCGCGCUCACAGAGUGGUGGCCAGGCUGCAGGCCGGGAUGUGCUUCAUUAACAACUACAACGUCAGCCCAGUGGAGCUGCCCUUCGGCGGGUAUAAGAAGUCAGGGUUCGGCAGAGAGAAUGGCCGCGUGACGAUCGAGUAUUAUUCACAGCUGAAGACUGUGUGCGUGGAGAUGGGUGAUGUGGAAUCUGCCUUUUGAGAACGUGCGGCGUGGCCAGGCGUGGAGCGAGGCCUGACCUCGAUAGAGGCCGGACAGCUGCCUUCUGUUGCAAACCCAGAAUUGUGCCUUUCGGGGUAAGAGGAUGGCUCGGUGUCCUUCAUGUCUCAGUCCCUUUCCUAUGAAAAUGUGCCUAAGUGCCUUUGAGAUACUAAUCAAGGAAGUUGUGAUUGUGCUCAAA